ACAGAAUGAAGAGAUUAAAGCAGGGAAAAAUGACCUUGGCAGAGUUCCAUAGCGAAGUCAGCAAGUCACUUAAUUUUGCACUCACUAAGGCUGAGAUGGACAGCUCAGAAAAUCCCUCAGCUAUGAAAGAAUAUGCGAACCAGGAAGCUGUACGGACAUUCAAUCUCGGUCUGAACAGCAAAUAUACCAGCGGCACCCUCUAUAGCCACAAUAUCGCAAGUACGAUAUAUCAUGACAAUAUGAACUCACAAUUCGACGUUCCACAAUACAAUCAGCACAGACAAUAUAAUACUUCACAGUAUCAAUACACAAGCAGAAGACAUCACAAGGAACCACAAAGGUACAAACCUAACGUGCAGGUGCGAUACAAUCAAACUGCACCCAGCCAACAACACCAACCAAUGGAUGUAGAUUCAUUACAGCAGUACAUGAGAUCCACAAAUUACAACAGGAAUCAUCCCGCACCACAACCAAACAGCUAUG